AUGUCUACCAUUUUGUCUGUCGGUUUUGGAGGCUUCGGAGGCUUGGCUUUGAAUCAAUUACACACUCAAACGGAGCCUAAAGAGUCCUCGGCCUUGUCCUUGAUCAAUGUUAGACACAUUUCGGUUGGUUUAUGGCACUCGAUGAUUGUUACAAAUAAUGGAAAGUUAUUUGGAGUCGGUAGAAACAGAUAUGGUGCCUUGGGUAUUGGAGAGCCUGAAUCUUUGGAUCAAUUAAAUUACACAUUACCAGUGGAAGUUCAAUUGCCCAAAGAAGUAAAAGUCAUAAAAGCAUGUGCAGGAAAAACACAUUCGAUUGCAUUGACCGACGAUGGAACUUUAUUUUCUUUUGGAUUUGGUAUUGCUUGUGGACAUGGACACACGACAUUAACAGGAGUUCCAGAACCUGUGCAAUAUUUAUUUUCCUAUCGAGUGGUGGAUUGUUCUGCAGGUGAAGGACACAGUGCUGCUGUGACAGAAGAUGGCAAACUUUUUACUUGGGGACUUGCCAACAGAAUCAAACCUGUCAUGGUCAAGAGCAAAGCAAUUGAUGAUGAAUUUUUUGUUCAAGUCGUGUGUGGAGCGUAUCAUGGGAUCGCACUGACAGCAACUGGAAAAUUAUUUGGAUAUGGAAAAAACGAUGAUGGACAAGUGAAUGGAAUCUCAACUACAGGAUUCAUCAGUGAGGAAAGUAUUGAGGAGAUUAAGCAUCCUCUUGGAGAAGGAUAUUAUUGGACUCAAGUCAGUUGUGGACUCAAACAAACCAUUGCGUUGGAUCAUUUGGGAAAUGUAUACAUUUGGGGAUUCAUUAAGGAUGGAGUGAUAUCCAUGUCUGGAGAUGUGAAAGGACCCACACUCGUUCAUUUAUCUCAUUCCAGUUCUAAGGUGAAGAAAAUCAUGUCCGGAUAUAGCUCAUUUGCCAUUCUCACUCAAGACGGUAAAUGCCACACAUGGGGUUACAAUUUGCAUUACAAUUUAGGACAUGGACACAACAAAUUUGUUCAGCAACCAACUCUUGUGGAAUCUUUGAGUGCUGUGGCCAUCAAUGAUGUAUUUAUGGGUGCUUAUAAUGUUUUCAUCUCUUGUGGUUUGUCGGCAACGACUGAUUAUUCCAGACUUUUACAUGAAAACUCGUAUUUUGCAGAUUGUAAAUUAAGGGCAAGUAAUGGUGAUGAGCAAGUUUGUCACUCAUGUAUUGUGAGUGCUAGAAGUCCUUACCUUCCCGCGCUCUUGUUCAAAAACCAUGUCAACAAGAAUCAACUCUCCACAUCCUCUGCCAAAUUCUCCAGUGACAAGCUAAAAGAGGAAAUUGAUAAUGCUUUAACCUUGGAUUUUGUGGAAGAUCGUAACCAAUUAUUGCAAAUUCUUGAUUUUCUCUAUACCAAUCUUUCGAACAACAUUAUGCAUCCAAAAAAGUUUGAUGACAUUUUUAACUCGUAUUUAUUCAACACAGAGAAGAGUAUUGAAAUUUUGAAAUCGCUCACCAACUUGGAGGAGGAGAACAAACUUCAAGCACAGAUCUUAAUUGAUUUUAUUAAGAAUCAAAUGACUCACGAGACAUUGAAAACAUUUUCAAAAUGUGCAUCUGGCUCCAUUCCAGAAUAUUCGAGAGAUCUUGUCAACUUGUACUCUACCACGACUGAGCUUGUGGAUUGUAAACAAUUAUCUGUUUUCACAAGGAUGAGCGACGUUUUGUUCCAACUCGACGAUGAUACCACAUGGAUCCAUUCACAUAAGGCCAUUCUUUGUUGCAGAUCUGAAUACUUUAGAGCCAUGUUCUCUAUUGGUCAAUUUUUGGAGAGUUCUCAAAAAGUGAUUCAUCUCGAUCACACACCCAAAGACGUUUUUGAAAUUUUACUAAAAUUUAUUUAUACAGGAGAAGAGAUAUCUGAAGAGACCAUCACUGCUGAACAAAGUGUUCCUUUAUUAGAAUUGGCCACUCGAUUUAACGUUGAGACUGUGAAAUUGGCAGCAGAAAGAAAAAUUAUUCGAUUCUUAACUCCAUCCAAUGUGGUGCCCAUGUGUAGCGUGGCAGAUAUGUGUCAAGCCCUCAAUGUCAAAAAGUGUUGCAUGCACUUGAUCGCCAAACAUUUCAAGACCUAUCAAAGGGAGGAUCUCGAACGUGAUUUGGAUCCAUCACUCAUGGAAGAAAUUGAAACUCUUCACCGAGAAUAUAGAAAAGCUGCAGAAAGUCAAUCAGCCAAUGAGGAAGCAGUAUUUAACUACAUGCGUGAACAACAAGAGGCCGCAGAAAGUUUACUCGAUAAUGAACAUCGUCAACAUCUCGUCAAUGAAUACGACGAUGACGAUAUGGACAUGAUUCAAACCAUUCUGCAUGGCAGUCAUAAUCCACAUAAUCCAGUACAUGCUCCCUUUCAUAGACACAAUUCUCGAAAUAAUUCUUCACAAAAGAAGAAUUGUUUGUUCAUGUAA